AUGGCAGACACAACAGAGGGAAAUAAAACGUCCAUUACUGGAUUCAUCCUCCUGGGCUUUGGGAAUCUCCAUGAACUUCAAAUUCUUCUCUUCCCGCUGUUUCUAGUGAUCUACAUUGUGACUGUGGCCGGGAACAUCCUCUUCAUUGCACUAGUUUUGGCUGAUCAGCACCUUCACACCCCCAUGUAUUUCUUCCUGGGGAACUUGUCCUGCCUGGAGACCUGCUACAGCUCCACCAUCCUGCCCAGGUUGCUGGCCAGUCUCCUGACUGGGGACAGAACCAUUUCUGUGAGUGGCUGCCUCGUACAAUUUGAUAUCUUUGGUUCUCUUUUAGCUGCAGAAUGUUGUCUCUUAUCGAUGAUGUCUUACGAUCGGUAUUUAGCCAUAUGCAAACCUCUGCAUUAUGCAGCCCACAUGACGAGAAGAUUUUCCUUCCAGCUAGCAGCUGGGUCUUGGCUAAGUGGGUCUGUGGUCAGCACCAUUGCGGCAUGUUGGUUAUCACAAUUGAUUUUCUGUGGCCCCAAUGAAAUUGACCAUUUCCUUUGUGAUUACACCCCAUUGAUAAAACUGUCCUGCAGUGACACCAACUUGAUAGUUCUUGUGAAUUUCCUUCUCUCCUUUAUAUUCAUUCUUCCUCCAUUUCUCUUAACCCUGACAUCUUACGUGUGUAUCAUCCACGCUGUCCUGAGAAUCCCUUCCAGCACGGGGAGGGAAAAGGCUUUCUCCACCUGCUCCUCUCACCUCAUCAUCAUCACUAUUUUCUAUGGGACCCUGUUCAUUGUCUACAUGCUCCCAGACACUGCGGCACUGAACAAAGUGUUCUCCAUCUUCUAUUCGGUCCUGACUCCCAUAGUGAACCCCCUCAUCUACAGUCUGAGAAACAAAGAGGUCAAGGAGGCUCUGAGAAAAGCUCUAAGUAAGACUAUGACUUUUAUAACCAAUCACAAACUUUUUUCUAGGCAUUUAUUGUAG